AAAGUGUUGCUUUUACUGUUCAUACAUUUCAGGAUAAUGCUCUGAAUGAAUCGACCUGUGCAUCAAUUAAGUUGCACCACAACCCUUUAAAGCUUUCAUAAAAGGUGAACCACAUGGUAUUAUUGGCACUGAAAGUGGUCCAUUUUUGUUGGAUGGAUCUGAAUCGGAAGGAGGAGAUCAUCCAUUAUUGUAUCAAUGGAGCUGUCAUGAUGAGACUGGUGAACCAUGUUAUAACAUCCAGGAUACUUCUCAGACCCAUCUCUUGAUAACCAGGCAAAAACAAAGCAAAGCUAUAAUAGAACUUAUAGGGAAUCAGUUGGAAGUUGGGAAACAUCUUAAGUUCUCCCUUCAGGUAUUCAGUGCUAGAGACCAAAAAAUAAAAGUAACACUGCGACUUUGUUACUGAUGGUUGAAAAUGAAGAUAUGCCUCAGAACUUUAUUUUAUUUCAGAGAAAUUUGAUGGAAUUCUAUCAGAAUUUAGAUGGGCUUGAAUUUCAGCCAAAAAUUAGGAAUUCCAAGUUUUGUUUGGCUUCAAUCUGUAUCUGUCCUUGGAGUGCCUAUCCAAGAAAGAAACCCAGUCAAUGGUGCCUAUUUUGUCCCUGCAAGAGUGUCUGUUCUUGUGAAAGCAAGGAUAAGCAUUGUAAAAGGAACAAUUGAAGUUUUUAGUUGGAAUAUAUCAGGUUAUCCAUAUCCUUGUGUCUACAAUGACUUAAAAGGAAGUAGUGAGGGUGAAACCUUCUUAUCCCUAUCUGAAGAAGCAUUAAUAGAGUAUGGCAUGUACUUUAUUCAUCUGAUGAUAUGGAGUAACAAAGAUGUUUGUAGUUCAACCAAUUUGACACUUUAUGCUUUUCCAUUGGUUGCACUGUGCCAAGUUUAUGUAGAAGCAUAUGUUGCAUAUGAUUGGGCUGAAGAUUUUGUGCUUGCCUGUUCAAUUCCUUCUGACAGAACUCCACUAACUUAUCAGUUGUAUAUCAAUUUAACUGAGAAAUUGGCUCCUGUAACUUUGCCACAGUUCAGUUAUGUCUUUCGAUUUAUUGGUCUACCUCCCAUUAAUGGAAGAAGUUCUAGUUUUACUGCUAAGGUGUGUGACAAGUUUGGAGUGUGCCAGUGGUUCCCUUCUAAUCCAGUUCAGGUUACCUUGCCAACAAAUGUUACACAGAGUGCAAAGACUCUUAAUGAUCUAACAGAAAGAGCCCCAAAAACAGGAAAUUUGUUACAAGCCUUGAACUUGGUGUCUCUCGCUGCAUCUGCCUCAAGCUCCAGUUUAUCCACAGAGGAAUCUCAGUUAAUGAUCAGUUAUGUCACUGAUAUUAUUGCUAAUCAGCCACUGACAUUAGGAGAUGCUGCUGUUAUGAUUGACAGCAUCAACCCCUUGUUGUCAAGUAAUGACCAAAUGACAAGAUUAAAAACUAUUGCUUGUAUUGAGAGAAUUAUCUUGAAAGCGAGAGCUUUUGAGAUAAACCCAUCAGUGGCAGUUAUACAAGAUGCCUUUAUUAAGAUUGCUAGAGCUAUGGUGGUAUUUCAAGAUGAUUUAAAGAAUCUUCAAAGAUCUGCUAGGGCUCUUCAGCGAUUGACUGGAGUGGCUGCUUCUGUACUUUCCAUUGGACAGAAACUUGAACUGAAUUCACAGGCUAUAAACUUUCCCAUGGCAGUUUUACAACAUACUUUACUAAAUAAAGAAAGUAAUAUCAUCAUAGUCAAAGGGAAAAAAGGAAAUGAAAGUGUGGAAGCCAUGACAGAUGUAAAUACUGUCCUUGAAAAUAGGUUCAAACAGUGGACUUGUGCAUCAAAAACAUGUGAAGGAAUAGUACUAGCUGUUUUAUUAUAUCCUGUACUUAACCCUUUCCUGGAAGAUCCAUACUGCAGACGGCUAACUCCCGUCAUCACUGUUGAACUAAGAACUCCAGGAACAGGUAAACUCAUACAAUUAAACAGUGUUUCAAAUUCUGUCUGUAUAAAACUAAGUCAGACUGUCAGUGAAUCAGGAGAAGGCUUAGUGCCUAAGUGUCACUUUUGGGACCAUAAUGAAAAAGCCUGGAAAAUGAUUGGUGUUGAAACAUUAGGUGUUACAAGAGGAACGGUGUCCUGCUGUUCAAACCAUCUUACUGCCUUCACUGUCUUAGAGGUUCCUUCGGGGCUUAGUACUUCAGCUGUAGCAGGUAUUGUUGUAGCUUCCAUAAUAAUAGUUUUGAUUCUUGGAGCUAUGGUUACUUUAUUUGUAUAUAAUAAACAUACAAAUAAUAGAAAUGAAUAAUUUCAUCAGUGAAAUAAGAAAAAUACUUAGUUAUAACUUUACAAUUUAUUUAAGACUUUAAUAAAAAAUUAAUCUGUCUCCAAAAAUUCCAGAUUUUGCAGGAUUACGUAUCUACUUUUUCAUUGGCAAAUAUUCAGACCUGUUGUGCUCUUAACACAUUUUAAUGAAGGCUAACUAAUAUUAUUAGUCAGUAAAUCAUGCUGUUUUGCUCAUGUAUUUUGAUUUGUUAAUAUUUGUGGAUCUUUUUGUAAUUUUAUUGUUUUGUUUUCACUAGAAGAAUGAAUUUUUGAUCCUGAAGUUUAGAAACAAUAUCCUAAAAAAACGUGAUUAAAAAUAUUUUACCUAGAGUUUCAUUGACAUUAUGUUUCUAUAAUGAUUAAACAUUUAGUACUUGUUUACGUACAACCUAGAUACCAUAAAAUGAUUCUUUUUAUCAGAAGUUACUGGAUUACUGUUAUCCAUAAACUGUUUAGAAAGGUUUUGAAGGUGGACUUAUAUCACAUUGUUUAAUAAAAACUUCUGAAAGAAUGCUUAGAAUAAUUCAUUUCUUAUAUUAUAUGUAGUAUAGUGUAAUACAUAUAUUCAAUACAUCAAACCUGUUGUAUUUAAAAACUAGAAGUAAUUUUUAGAAACAAGUUCAGGAAUUUCUUAGAGAUGUUUUUUCUGAAGUUUUUUUAAU